GAUCCUGAAGGUAGCGUUUCUGAGCCCAGGGAAUGGAGACCGCUCAUUUAUAGGAAGUGCACAGACGUUCUCUGGUUGCUCCUCUUCUUUAUUUUCUGGGCUGGCUUGAUGUUUAUAACUGGCUAUGCUGUGAUGGCUGGUGCUGCAGAAAGACUUGUGCUUGGAUAUGACAGCUUCGGGAACAUAUGUGGUAGGAAGAACUCUCCUGUAAAAGGGGCACCCCUUUCUGGACAGGACAUGACUAACAAAAAGUAUGUAUUCUUUCUGAAUUCAUGCAGGCUGGAAAUGCAAAGCCUCAAAAUCAGUUCAGUUUCCUUGUGCGUGUCUAGUUGUCCACAAGAGCAACUCAACUCUUUGGAAGACAUCCAGAGUUUUGCAAGGAACAAUGGUUCUCAUCUCUGUGUUUACAACUUGAAUGUUUCCAGUUACAUACUAAAUCCAAAGGCAGCUGACCUGUGUCCCACACUGCCAGUUCCACCAAGUAAAUCUUUUCCAUUGUUUAAUCGGUGUGUUCCACAAAAUCCUGAAUGCUAUUCCAAGUAUGCGUCUGUCUUAAUAAAUAUGAUUAAUGAAAUGGAUGCUCUUCACCGUGCUCUUGGUGGAAUAUUGGCAGGAAGAGAUACUGUAAUAGGACUGAGUGUCCUUGCACUAGCCUUCUCUUUUAUACUGGUUUUAACCUUCAGAUUCAUUCAAACACUUCUGGUCCAUACUUUGAUUGCACUGGUUGUGUUUGGUUUGCUAUUUGUCUCAGGUGUUCUUUGGUGGCUCUAUUAUGACUACAGGAAUGACCCCAGCACUGAAUUGGAAACCGAAAAGGAAAAUAUAAAAUUUGUACUUGGAUAUGCUAUCUUCUCUACAAUAGUUACAAUUGUUCUGCUUUCCCUCAUACUUGCACUAAGAAAGAGGCUUCAAUUCACAGUACAGCUCUUCCAGAUUGUUAACAAAAUAAUUAGAAGAAUCCCUUUCCUGCUGUUCCAACCACUUUGGAGUUUUCUGAUUCUCGUCGUCUUCUGGGUAUUUUGGGUUGCUGUGCUACUCAGCUUAGGAACUGCAGGUACUGCAGAGAUUACUUCAGGAGGACAAGUGGAAUAUAGAGCUCUGUCUGGAAUUCACUACAUGGCAUGGUACCAUUUUGUUGGCCUUAUCUGGACUAGUGAAUUCAUUCUUGCUUGUCAGCAAAUGACGAUUGCUGGAGCAGUGGUUACUUGUUACUUCAACAGAAAUAAAAAUAGCCCACCACGUCACCCAGUCCUGUCUUCCAUAUCAGUUCUUUUUUGCUAUCAUCUAGGAACUGUUAUAAAAGGGUCGUUUUUAAUCACAGUACUAAGAAUACCAAGGAUUUUUCUCUUGUACCUUUAUAAUUUCCUAAAACAAAAGGAAAGCGCGUGUGCAAAGUGCCUGUUCAAGUGCUGUUUCUGCUGGUUUUGGUGCCUAGAAAGGUGCUUAAGAUACUUUAACCAGCUUGAGAUGGGCCUUGCAGAGGGCCACCUGCUAUUUCCAAGGGUGUGAAGCCUUAACAUCUCCUUGAGUUGUGCCAGAGAGACUGCAGAAAUGUGGAGUAUCCGGGUGGAAAGAAGCACUGAAGAAGCAAGAUACCCACCAGAUGUGUCAUUAAACUAGGGAGCUGGAUGUCUGCAGCUUAUUACUUUAUUUCUAUUAGAGAUAGAAUCUAGGGACUUUAUCAGAACUGGGACCCUGUUGUGUUAGACACUGUACCCAGUUCCUGUCUAUUGCUUUUAUAAAACCUUAUAGGUCGAUAUAUUAUUUUCCUCUUGAAGGUCCCUAUUAAAAGCAAACAUUCAACUGUUGGCUGAUUUCUAUUAUUAAUAUACCUGGUAGUGUAAGCCAUGAUGAAAAAGCCAGAUGAUACAAUAAUAUCUUUCUUUGAAAGACAUUUUUGUUUUGUUAGCAGUUUGUUUCAAAAGUGUUUUUAUUAGAAGUAGAUGAUUUCUGACAUACAGCACUUUUUCAGACACUUGACUCCCACUCCUUCCUUCCUGAUCCGUUUCUCCGAGUUUUUUCCAACUCCAUUUGCAUGAUUGUAUAUAGUUAUUUUUUCUCUUUGUCAGUCCCCUUUUGUCCUCUGGUGGCUGUGGUAUCCUUAAUGUGAAAGGAAUCAUAUGCUGUUCAUUUUGAUUCCUAACUCUGUAACUGUUGCUUUUCUUUUUCUCGUUGUUGAGGCCAGUAGUGAAGUACACGAGACGAUCCUGAAAAAUUGUCUGACAACUUGUUCUAAUGAAGGUGCAUAAAUUAAACUUAAUUCUGGACAACUAUAAAGAAGAAGUCUUUCACUUAUUGCAGUCUAGAUUUAAUACUGUGUGGCAAAAUCUCUAGUACUAGCUGAUGAAUUUUCCAGACUUACAUUUCUUUGGGUAGAUCUUAUGGUCACUGACUUGAUGAGGAAUCUCAGAGUUAGUUUUGACUCCAGGCAUGCCACUUAUUGUCACCCUUCCCUUGGCUUCCUGCCUUUCAAAGAGAUAGCCAGCAUCCUCGUGUUUGCCUUUUCCAGCUGUUAUAUGCUAUGUGUGUUUAAAGAAAAAAAAGAACUAAUUAUUGUGAUGUUCUUUCUUUGUUUCAGAAGCUUAUAUUUGUUCUCUUAAAAGGGUUCCUGUUUCCUAAUUUAUUGCAGGAAAGAAAAUCUGUUCUUGUAUAUGAAUUGGGUUUUUUUUAACCUAAUGAUGAUAAUUUUAUGUUUACUGUUGAAUAAUUGUUUGUUUGAAUGUCUUUUUGACAAAGCGGAUGGCAUUCUGUGUGCUCCAAACCCAGGGCAAUUUGGGAGAGGGUUGGAGGAGAAGAAAAGCAGGAAUAUUUCAUAAGAUAGGUAAUAGAAAUUUUAUCUGUAUGAAAGGGUAAUAUCAGGCUCAGAUCAGUGCAUUAAAUAGAACGAUUAAUUUAUCAAAUCAUUUUUUUCUUAAUUUUUUUUCCUAUAAAGAACAUAUUCAAGCCUGAUUUUUUAAAAAUAGAUAUCUUGAUUAAGAUUGAAAAUAUGAUCCAGUCUUCAAUUUUGCAAAAUCUAUGGCCAAAUAUUAAAAAAAAAGAAAAAGUCAGAGCCUACAAUUUAAGCAGCUUAACAUAUGGCUUGAUUAACAGAAGUGCUGACCUCUUGAGAGCUCUCAUUGAGAUCAGUGAAAGCUGCUGUGUACUGCCUUGAAAUUUCACAUAGUUAUUGAACAUGGACUCAAGAAUAAGACUUCAUGAUUUUUUUUAAAUUGCUUAUACAUAUGUUUCUAACAUUUUGAAAGUAUUUUUGAGUAUUCAGAUUCUGAUUUUUAUAUGAGUUGAAAUUACUAAAAUGUAGAACAGCUGUUACAAAAGUUGGUCCAAAACUCAUUGCGUGUACUCACAUUCCUUGCUAUGUUGUUGCCUUUUACCCCAGAAUUACAUUCACCACAGUAAUAAACAUACAAUUACCUGGAAAUGCUUAAAAAAAAAAAAAAAAAGCCUUCCCAAUCACUUCUGCACUGUUUUCUUCAACCUGUUGUUAUAUUGCGUAAAUGAUAUAAAUUCUUUCUUGUCCUUCAUUCACAAGUUUGAUCAGGAUUAAAGAGAGUCUUUGUUUUCCCUCUGGGAAACAUGCGGAUGAGAAACAGGUGUCGGAGGAAGUAACAUUGGUGAUAGAGUGUGUGAGGUGCUUUCUUCCCGUGCACCAAGUGCUGUGUUGUGUUGUCAAAGGGUACUUUGUAGGCUGAGCGUGCCAUCGUUCAUGUGGGAUUUAACACUGACUUUGACUGUUGCGUGCCUCCCUGAAUGACUCGUCUUCUCCAGACUCAGCUGAGUUCUCUGCAGCUCUCUUGCAACGUCGCUCAGAAGGGGCCAAAAAGGUACCCUCUUGUCUUCCCAUCAUGUCAGAGUGCUUGUGCUUGUACUAGUUGCUAACAGUUGCCAUAUUUCCAGUGGCAGUUUUUGGAGGAAUGGGAAUGUAAGCCUAGUAUCCUGUUCACAUUGCAAUGUGGAUAAUUACAUUCUGCCUUCCGAAGAGUUCUCUUGGAUUUGCAACUGGAUCCUGUGCUAAACUGCGGUGUAGUGUUGCUAUGUGCUGUUAAACAGUUCACUCCUUAAGCUGUUCCAUUUCAGUCAUGGGCAAAGUGAUUCAUGUGUGUGUAUAAUCCAUUAGUAACAAUUGUAAAGCACUCUGGGUUCUAUCUGGAUGAAAAGUGCUUUCUGAAUAUAAAGUCAUUAUCCUUACUUGACAGUUCUGUUUGCCAACACUUGUCAGAAUUACCACAGAUUUUUCAUCUUCUGGCUCUGAUAGGUUCAGUGUGUUCCAGAUAAACAUAUCCAAUCAUCUCAAGAAAAAUCUGGUAGAUUGAAACUGCUCUUCCAUAAAAAGAAUAUACUGUUUUCUUUAUGUGGUUUGGGAGCUAUAAGGUCUGUCUGUCUCCUGCUCUUUUAAAUUGUUGUGGCAAACUCUUAACUUUUGAUACAUCAAAGAAGUCACUUUUUUUCUUGUAGCCUUUCUGCAAUGACUUUUUUUUUUUUUAACACAGUAUAUCUAUUGCAGGAUAAUUUUGCUUUUCUGUGUCUGCUUUGGGUUCAUCUGUAGCCAGUUGGCAAGCAACUGUUCCAAAGUGGAUUUCUGAAGGAGUGGCAGAGUAGUAUGUGGUUUCUCUAUUUUCAUCAGCGCAGUGACCUGUAGCGUAGCCUUCAGGACUCGGCAGUAGCCAUUACUGAUGAAGGGCAAUGUGAUAGCCUGGUCAUGAGAACCCUUACGGAUACUGAAAGCUAGCAACUGUCCAGUGUAAAAAACAAACAAACAAACAAAAAAACCAAAAAACAACGGAAGCAAGGCUUGACUAAUGGUCUUAUAUCCGUGGCAAUUGAUUAUCUUUUACACUUUGGAUGGAGGCCUAUCAGGAGGUUGUGGUUAAAUGCCUUGUGCAGAAAUGACCUAGAUAAAACCAAAAUUCAUGUGUGCUAAUAUAAAUACAGUUCUCCUCUGCACUGCCAAACUCAUUGUGCUUCACCCCAUCUAGUACUUCUUUUUCCUUCCAAAAACAAUACUGUAUUUUAAUGUUACUGGCAAAAUUGCUACUAGAUGUUAAGCUAAAUUUUCAAUCAUCUUGAAAGUACAGUUAGCUAAAAUGUUCAUCUUCAGUGAAAUCAUAUUUUGAAUAUGUUUGUUUUCCCUGAGGAGGCUGUAUGUGCUACAACAGGAGAUAACAUUUAUUAGGUCUUUAUUUGCUCUAUAUGGUGAACUACAUGGGGGACAGAGAUGAACAAGACUGACUUGCUUUGACGCAGGCAGAACUGAACAGCAGGGUGGUCUGUAACCUGACAGUGCCUUAUGACCUCCCUGAAUCAUUUCCAGUUUGCUAAACAGAAGCCUUUCUCCUCUCCCUCUUCUCUUAAGAGAAGGCAAUGAAGCAAGCAGCCAGGAAUUCAUGCCUUUAAGAGGGGCAAUUUCUGAACUACUCUGGCUAUGUUUAGUUUGUUUUUAUUUUGGAGCUCCCAAAUGAGAACAUUGUUGCAGUAAGGAGGAUGCCACUGUUAGCUAUUCAAGUAAUGAUGUACUCGGAGAAUGAUGGGUAUUUAAGGCAGGACCCUUGUGGUCCAGCCCCUGUGGUUGAAACAGAGCCCUGAUGUAGCUAUGCGUUGCUGCAGGAAAGGAGAUCCAACUACCCUCCCGAGGAGAAAGAUGUGUUGGUUGUACCCAGUGGGUGACAGCCAUGGAGGGAGUGGGUGAAAAACUGUGAAUUGGAGUGCGCUAAAUGAUAGUCUCUGAAGAUAGUUUUACCUGUGAAGAGAAAGAUGGAUAUAUACAGAAAGACUGGUUUGAGGAACUGGAAUACUAGAAAUAGGAUGAAAUAUAGUAGUUUGGUAUGAUUAGCCUAAGGACUGAAAAUAAUCAUUUCUGUAUUAGCUAGAUGCUUUUUGGUUGGAAGUGACGGAGAACAUUAGCGUGUCUGUCAACCAUAGGGCAAAAGCCAUCAGUUAAUGCAGCUGCAGAAAGGGUAGAUUCAGUCCUAGCAGGUGUGGGAUGAAGUACUUCCAACACAGAGAAGGGGAGCAAUGUCACUGUACAAGCUGCUGAUUAGGCAGUCAGGCUUAUCUCACAAGAGUGAGUUGGAAUAUCCUGCUGUGUCUACUCUGACAAAUGAAGGGUAAGAGCAAACAGGUUUGCCAUCUGUGAGUGUAUCAGGAAGAGAAACAAAAGGGAGGGAUAAGAGCUGAGACAAGAUUGGAAGAAGAAUGAAUAGAUGUAAACUAUUCAUGGGUAAACAUUGUCUGGAAAUUGGAAAAAGGUUCCUAAGGACCAGAGAGACAAUGGUCUGGAACAGCACCAGAUGUACAGGGUUGGAGGGGGAAAAGCCCUAAGUAGCUUAAAGAGGGAGCUUUCAACUCAGUAGAAGAAACUGUGUAGUUUGAAACAGCCAGGGACUCGAGUGGCUGAAAGUCCAUUCCAGUCUUACACGUCCUCAUCACUUCAGUGUGGUCUCAUUGGCCCCUGUUGCUAUAAUUUCCCACCACUGUCUGAGAGGCAUGAUACAGCUUUCUCACUGUGUCAGCGAUGACCUGCACAGUAGCCACAGAGACAGCAUUGUCACUGGCUACCACUCGAUUUUACUUUUUGAGGGGAUUCCUCAGCUGUGCACUCACAAGCUAGGAGCACUUAAAAGUCCUGCCUGAGCUCCACUGCAUUGCACUGGGUGUAGAUAACCAAAGCAAGUCCCCAAGAGAGUUGGCCCCAAGAAAAUCAGGUCAGUCUGAAAAUACCAGUAAAGCAGAAAAAGCUGAAGUGGGAUGUGAGACCAGCAUGUCUCCUGCUUCUUUUUUAAGAAGACUCUGUUGCUAUAGCAAUCCUUUCCCCCUAAGCUCAUUUUAUCAAAGCAGGUCCUAGAAUGGAGGGCUGAAUUCAGCUGUUACACAAAGUAGCAAUUAUUCUCAACAAUCAGGGAAGUUACGGCCUGGAUCUGAGCCACAGUGCCUUUCUCAUGAAACUAGCAGAUCAAUUUUUCCAAGACCCUUGACAUUCUGUGUUGCGAAGCACAGAAGGAUGUCUUUAAAUAGUUUUUUGCAUGCUGUGGUGUUUGGAAAUAUGUAAACAUUCACAUUCCUUAUUUAUUCAUUCUGACACUGAGAAACUAGUGUCUAGUUCCCAGGCCUCAAGCCAGAAGAGGCUUGUGUUCUUCAGAAAGGUGAUGACACAGUACUGACUUACUAGUGCAAGAAUAAAGACUGCUCCUGACCCACCGUCUCUCAGGCUUUCUGAUCCAUGCUGCAGCACUGAUGUCAUUACUGCUUGCUUAUCAAUGUAGCAGAAACUACCAUCAUAAAACAUCGAUGCAUUGAGCAAAGAUUAAGAACAUCAUAAUAGCUAUACUGAGUCAGACUGAACCUGCAUCUAGCUUGGUAUCCCUUCCCCAGCAGUGGUUGUGAGCGAGUGCUAGGAAAGAGUGAGAAGAGUGUACGUUUCCCCAUCCCCAGUGCCCUUUCUGAAUCUUGUUUUCAGCCUAGGGACUUCUUGAGCUGGUUAUAGUUUCUGUGUGUUUAAUUACUCUCAGUGGAUUCCCGUUCCCUGAACUUUUCCAGUCUCCCUUGAGCCCCUGCGAGCGUUUAGCAGCUACCGCAUUCUUUGGCUAGCAGGUCACAGCUUACAGACCACAGUGAGAAGAAACUAUCAUCAGUUUUUUGAAUCUGGCGUCUACUAGCUUUGUAUGGUUCCCCCUCUGCCUAGUCCUUGCAUCGGAAGAAACAAUAAGCCAUCUAACCCUAUCUACCCCCUCCACGUUUUUCAUGAUUUUUCUAGCUUUCUUACCACAUCCUCCUUCAUUCAUCUCUUUUCCAGACAGAAGAGUCUGGUGUACUCAGUUGUUCCCCAGACAGAAGACAUACCAUACCUUUUGGAUCAUUCUUGCUGCCCUUCUCUCAAGCAUUUCCAAUUCCACUAAAGCUUUUGUGCAUGGGAAAAGAGAAUACAAUCUGCAGAAAAAACACAUUUAAAUAAUCUGUUUCUAAAUGAGAGCAAAUUCUUAAUUUACCGUAGACUACCAUUUUAGCCUUUGCAACUUCCUUUUCUUUGAAAGGGAACAGGUUGUUGCACGUGCCCUGGAACUAGAAAAUAUAUGGGACAUCUAAGUUCCUUGGUCCAGAGUGCAGAAACAUCUGCAAAUACUGGGAACAGCUUGUGUGUGUGGGUCUGUGGGUGUGUGUGUGUAUUAGGGUUUUUUGUGGGUAAGGAUGAGAAAUCAGCAAUACCUUCAAGCAAAGCACUGAUUUUUAAGGAGGUAGCUCAUUUCUGUGCAACUCUGAGUUUGAUGAGAACAUACGUUUCAUUAAACGUUAGACGUAUAUUUUGUUAGUAAGAACGUACAGGUUUCUGUAGGGCUGGAUGGGAUCAGGGUGUGGGGCUGUAUAGGAAAUGAGCAUUAUGGAGCUGCAGUCUGAACAAGAAACCCUCAAAAUACCUUUUUUUUUUUUUUUUUCCUCUCAGAAAUAUGUUUUUUCCCAGAAGGUAAACAUCACUUGACUAAGUCUUCAGCUUGCACUGGUGGAUAAAAGUUCUUAUUUUAUCUGAGUUAACGACUAGUUUUGUAGCCUCUGGCAGUUCAUUCAUCUCUGUGUGUCUUUUAUUCCCUCUGUAAUACUGGAUUAUGACCUUGCUUGGAUGUCGUCAUGACUAGUUGAUAUUUAUAUGAUUCCUUGAAGUUAUAAUCGCUAUGAAUGUCAUUUUCUCUUAACUGAUUUGUAACAUCACAAAUCCUUAUGCAGGUAGUAGUCACUCCCCAGUGUUAUUUUUCAGUCUUUCCAAGAUAGCUGUGCUGGUUAAUAAAUAUCACAAAUUCUUUUAGUUGCACAUUCCUAAGAUACCAAAGUGGCUAAUUCCAGAGUGCAAACAAGUGGUUAUUUAUUUUAAGCUUGGAAGCAGUGUUUGUACAAGUGCACAUGCAUUUUCAGCAUUCUUUUUAAUUUUUAAGAGGAAUUUUGUGCUAUUCAUUAUGAAUACAGAAUCUUUGUUUAACUUAUUGGCAAAAUUCAUACUGACCUCACCGGAUCAGGGUCUGUUUUGUGGCCUUAGUUCUGAAGCGACAGAAACAAACUUUGGAAAGCCAUUUUUCCACUUUCUGUCUCAGUUUCCUGUCUGUAAAUGGGAAUGAUGAAACAAACGUAACUUGCAGCACACUAUAAAGAUAGCUCUUUCCAUUUGUGAAAUAUGCAGUGACAGCUACAGAUGAAAGACAGAGCAGGA